AUGAAAGUAGUCAUUGCUCUUUGUGUCCUCUUUGUUGGUGCUUAUUGUGUACCUGUACUCGAUGAACAACUCAAUAAUCAAUGGAAUUUAUUCAAACGUGUUCAUGAAAAACAAUAUAACUCUGUCGAAGAAGAAGAUAAUCGCCGAAACAUUUGGGAAGCUAACCUUGCUAAAAUCCAAAAACACAAUCUUGAAGCUGACUUAGGCAUUCACACUUA